CCCACCGGGAGUGAUUGCGUUUUUGAUUCGUGAUCGGCACAUCUGUCCUCCUGACCUUGACCCCAUUCCAGCAGCCUCUUCGGGUUUGACCCGGCAACGCAACCGGACGAUCGCCUUUAAGAAAGCCUAGCGGUCAGAGGCUGGCUGCCUUGCUACUCCUCACCCUUGCGUCAGCAUCUGCCUGUACUGCUUGCUCAAGGCAUUUCUGGCGGCCCCAGCGCAGGAGUAACAUUGACUUGAAGACCAUUUCUGUACCAUCCGGUGACGAAGAUGUCCGCGAAAGAUCACAGCCCCGGACAGCCACUCGUGAACGCUGCCGACUCCAAAGAUGCAAAGAGCGAUGGCUUCCAGGUAGAGUCUGGCGAGAUGGUAGGAUCGGAAAAGUCAUCUGCGGCACGCGCACCAUUAUCAGGCAUCACGAGGUACUUUACCGGCCCAGAGCUGGAAGCGCGCAAAGCAAGGUACCGAGAAGCGGACAUGCUCAGCGACGAGAUCGAGACGGACGCGACGGCUGCUGGAGGAGAAGGCGGAGCAGAAAAAGCGAAGCAGAGCGCGUUGAACAAGAGGGAGACAAGCGGCUUGAAGAGGGAUAUGGGCUGGAAAGGCUGCGCUUGGAACAUCACCGCCUACUCCAUCGCCCUCGGUGUACUCAGCUUGCCCAACGUGGCAGCCACGGUUGGCAUUGUGCCUUACAUUUUCCUCAUCCUCAUCUUCGCCUACCUGACCUGGUUCACUGGUAUCAGCUAUUGGCACCUCCAGCAAAGAUAUCCGGGCAUCCACUCUCUCGAAGACGCAGGCCAUUUGCUCUUUGGCAGACCAGGUAGGGUCAUCUUCGGAACUUUGCAGUACCUAUUCUCCAUCUGCUUGGCUGGCAACCACGUUUUGCUAGGUGCCAAGGCAUUCUCUCGGCUGGGAUGGCACGCGCCAGAGACGUGUGCCAUCGCGCUCUACUUCACCUUUACCGUGAUCUCCUUCCUCUUCACCUUGCCACGCAGCUACAAACUCUUCAGCUACCUCGCAGUCGUCUCUGUGUGCUGCAUCACAAUCGUCAUCAUCAUCACGAUGAUAGCGGCCAACAUCUCUGGACCCGUCAAUCAACCCGUAGGAUCGCCUGAACCUGGCAUCAGAGCUUUCGGCUCUCUGCUCGAUCCUCCGCCCACCUUUUUGCAGGGCAUGCUCGGCGUCAGCAACCUCUUUGUAAGCUUUGGUGCGAGUCCUACGUAUCUACCGGUCAUGGCGGAGAUGCACAACCCCAAACGAGACUUUCCUCGCGCUCUAGCUUUCCUUGCCAUCUUUCAAGUCGUCGUCUAUCUCCUCGUCGGUGGUGUUGUGGAACGAGGCUUGGGACAAUAUGUCGAGUCGCCCAGCUUGGCGAGCUUGAGCCCAGUGAUGAGCAAGAUCGGGUAUGGAAUCGGACUGCCGACCAUUCUGCUUGCCGGCUGUGCAAGCGGACAAGUGGCUGCGAAGCACAUCUACGUCAAGCUCGGUCGCACACAGCCCAGCUUAUUUCGUACCAAGGCUCGUGGGUGGUCCGUUUGGAUCUUUGUCAAUGUCAUCAAUUGGAUACUGGCUUGGAUACUCGCCGAAUGCAUUCCGUUCUUCUCCAGCUUCCUCGGUGUGGAGUCGAGCGCGUUCUGGACAGCAUUCUUGGCAUUUGGCGCCGCUUUCAUGCUGUUCUGCGCUUACGACGACAAGCUGCGCGUGGGCGGCAAAGCACAGGUUUCCGGCGAUAUGGAUCUCACGGCAUACCGAGACGAGGUCCUGAUCGCCAGCACGGAAGAAGAAGCACGCACUCAACACUCCACCUUGCUGCGCUGGGCGUGCACAAUUCCUAGUCGCCCAGCCAGCGCGUGGACCUUUGCUCUCAUCGUUUGGCUCAUCACUUCCCUCGUUUGCAUAACGGGAAUGUGGGGAGCUGCCCUGUCCAUCAGGGACUCGUACGCUCAAGGCGUUGUCGGGCGUCCCUUCUCUUGUGCCAUUACCGAUGCCUGAUCUGCCAAAUGUAGCAUAGCGGCCGAAUUCGCAUCGGAGGUCGAUCACAAUAUCGAGUCGAAGAUGACAUCGGCAUGCACCCAAAAUGAUCACGCGUGUGUCGAGUUUGCGCUCGUCGCGUACAUGUGAUAGUCGAGGCCUGCUACAGCCCCAGCGAGCCGCGCAACUCGUCUUCCAAGCCAGCGAGGUCUUUAGCGGUCCUGCCUUCCUUUUUCAACUUUGCGUUCCUCUCCUCCUCUAAUCUCUCUAGCAUUUCCGAGUGCGCUUUCCUCUCUUCAGCCUCUUUACGCAUGGCAGCUUGAUCAUUGCUGUCGCCCUGCUUCCAAGCUUCUCCAUGCUCAUGCGCCUCUCGCUCUUCGGAAGGAAGCGCAAGCAGCUCGCUGGUACAGCGUGCGCAUGUACACGGUCCAAACAUCCAAUCACGCCAGAG